UCUCUCAACCCAAAAAAAACUUCAUUUCAUUUAUCACAAAAUAAUUCAUUUUCUAUUCCUCUCUUCACAUUUCCAAAUUUAUUUGUUGUAAUUUAUCUGUUUUUUUUAUCACCGUCAAUCAAAAAGAUACGUCCUUUCAAAAUUUCAUCAUUUCCAAAAAACAAUAUAAAUUUAUUUUCUUGUAUGCUCAGAUCGAAGACAGGCGCCAUUUCACCAUUUUUUUAAAGUUGAUAGAAAAAGAAGUCACAUUUUGGGUUGUUUGAGUUGAUUUAAAGAAAAGGGUAUUAAUUGUGUGAAAUGGGAAAAUGAAAUCCCAUGAAAAAUCAAAGUCAAGGAGAUUCAUCAAGAUGGGUAUGUGUUUUAGCAUUGAAAAUGAUCAAGAACACCAACAGCAGCAGCCUCAGAAUCAACAUCAGCCACCACAUUUAUCUUCUUCUAAGAAAGCAGGAGGAGAAGACUUAAAGCAGUCUCCAAGUAAAGUAAAUAAGCCGGAUUCAUUUGGGGCGAAAAGUACAAGCAAUGUCCCAUUGGUUCCCAAGAAUGUGACCGAUCUUCGCCAGAACUCUGGAUAUGGGAAUGUAGAUAUAUUUACGUAUGAGGAAAUGACAUUGGCCACAAAGCAUUUCAGACCAGAUUAUAUUCUUGGUGAGGGGGGAUUUGGAGUUGUUUAUAAGGGUGUCAUAGAUUCAAGCGUAAGGCCUGGUUAUGAGACCAUUGCUGUUGCCAUUAAAGAGCUUAAUCCUGAUGGUCUACAAGGUGACAGAGAAUGGCUGGCAGAAGUCAAUUACUUAGGGCAGCUCAGUCACUCAAAUCUUGUGAAGCUAAUUGGGUAUUGCUGUGAAGACGAACACAGGUUACUAGUCUACGAGUACAUGGCAAGUGGGAGCUUGGAGAAACAUCUUUUUCGAAGAGUGGGUUGCACUUUGACUUGGUCAAAACGAAUAAAGAUUGCUUCAGAUGCAGCAAAGGGUCUUGCUUUUCUUCAUGGUGCGGAAAGAUCAAUCAUCUACCGUGACUUUAAGACGUCAAACAUCCUAUUGGAUUCGAACUUCAAUGCGAAGUUAUCAGAUUUUGGGCUUGCGAAAGAUGGACCAAUGGGAGACCAGACACACGUUUCAACAAGGGUGAUGGGUACAUAUGGAUAUGCUGCACCUGAAUAUGUGAUGACUGGGCAUUUAACUGCUCGAAGUGAUGUCUAUGGUUUCGGAGUUGUUCUGCUUGAAUUGCUACUUGGAAGGAGAGCACUGGACAAGGGCAGACCUAGCCGAGAACACAACUUGGUCGAGUGGGCACGACCUCUUUUGAACCACAAUAAGAAGGUUCUAAGGAUAUUAGACCCUAGAAUGGAAGGGCAGUAUUCAGUUAGAACAGCAAUGAAGGUAUCCAAUUUGGCUUACCAAUGCCUUAGCCAGAACCCGAAAGGGAGACCCCUUAUGAGUCAGGUGGUAGAAUUACUCGAUGGUAUUCAGACUACAGACGGGGACACAGUGUUUCAUAGCAAUGAGAAAGGGGUGACUCUUUACGAGGAUCCGGUGCUUUCUCUUGCAGAUCCGAAUAGAAGCAACGGGAAGAGCAAUCAAUCAAAUGGGAUAAACCCUUGUCCGGAUAAUUCAAAACUCAACUAGUAUUUAGCAUUAUUGAAACUGUAUCAUUAUAGAUGGAAGUUGAAAUUGUAAGAAAUGUAUCAACUGCUCUAUCCAUGUUUUGAAAUUGCUGUCUUAGUGGAAUUAAUGAGAGUCGCUAAAUUGCUACACAAGAGUUAAAUUUUUAAUUCUUUUCAUUUUGUAUA